AUGGACAUAGGAACCAAGCCCCCUCCAUAUCCUAAGUCUCAGGUUUCCGACCCUGGUCAACAAGUUUGUUAUCAACCUCAACCAGGUGUGAUGGGUUCAGUUUACCCCAUUCAGCCCAAUCAGGUGAUAGCUUUGAAUUCUGGAGUCCCACCUGCACCUCCUGUAGUGGCUGUGUCAUCCGGCCUGAGUGAUGUACCAGGGGAGAUAAGAUGCCUUCAGUGUCAGCAACAAAUCAUCACAGAGACAGCAUAUGUCAACGGCCUGCUCACCUGGGCCAUCUGUGGAAGUCUCGCUAUUUCGCUAAUUUGGCCCUGUUGUUUGAUUCCCUUCUGUGUUGACGCCUGCAAAGAUGUAGAGCAUCGCUGCCCAAACUGCAAAAGUGUCGUUCACUUGUACAAACGCAUGUAA